GCCUACUAUUUAAUUGGGGCGCGUUCCACUCCCAUCCACAAUGCCAACACCAACAUCACCUCAGCAAACUGUGCGGCCUCCUCGCAAUAAUAGAAACUCACAAUUUUCAUCGCCAUUACCGUUUCUAGCGCGCCUCAUCGUCAGGCUUCGCAAUAUCUGCAGCACAAAUAUGGCAUCCUAUACAUCGUUGAAAGAAGUGAUUGACAGGGGAAAGUUCGAAUCACUUAGUGACGAACGACUUGUUGAUCUCCUGUAUCAACAAUUUGAACCGGUGAUCGACAGACUCAAGAAUGUCGAACAAAAUAUUGAGGGAGAUGAUGCGCAUCCCCAAGGAUUACUAACCCGGGCAGGCGUUGGGGGAAAACGCAAUGAAAAUGAUUAUAAUCUCACCCCCUCCCGAUAUCUUUUCAACGGCGAAGAUUACUCAGAGGUGAAUCGAACCUUGACUAAUGUUCUUGCGGUGCGAUGGCUGCUCGUUGGGGAUUACCACACCUUUACUUGCCAUCAAAAAGGACCCAUAAAGUUAAAGAUGGAGACUUUUGAGGAAUUUCGCAAUUUCAUUGACCGGUUCCGAAAUAAGCCAGGUUGGCUAAUGGCCUUGAUUGUGGCUCUGGUCAUAGGUGACGUGGGUAAAGACGAUAAUCUAGCUAAAGAGGUGCGAGCACAACUCGAGACUCCAUCAGACGAGGAAAUGAAUCACGAUACGGUCCUUGAAAGGGCCCUUGAAAUGAACAUCGUCGAGUCUCCAUCUCCAUUGGAUUUACUGCCGCCUCGUCGACGAGAUGAUGUAAUUCAAGGAGUUAGACUUGGUGCCAAGCUCAAUAUCCCACAGCUAGCCCAAGGUGAGAAUGUUCCAGGGAGCCUGCAGUGUCUCCAAGAUCUUCGAGGUCAGGAAAGCGCCUUUGAUUUGAAAUAUCUUGAGAUCAUGUUUGAUGUGGCUGGCGCAGGGGCGCAUAUUGAUGCUUGUGGUUCAGUCCGGAUGAUUGAACCGGUCUGCCAAUCAUUCCUACUUACUUACAAGAUCCUGGAGCGCGUCAUAUCCAAAGAGAUCACUAUUCAGGAAGCCUACAAUGAAGUCUUAAAAAAUCGAGGCCGUAUCUUAUCUGAGAAGGGUUAUCCAGAGUUGUCAACAGAUGACAAGCAAGAUCGGGCCCUCUUGCGUUUGUAUGCAAUGGGCAGGGUAGCAGAUAUCGACUUGGCAGAACGCUUCCGCAAGGCCCUUCUCGGCCUCCCAGAUAAUCAUAGAGCUGAACUCAUCAAAGAGCUUAAUCAGAGCGGUCUGGAAGGUGAACAAGCUGUUAUUCUUUAUUACAUGCCCGCACUGUUUGCAGAAUUACUCCGGCACACCCAACAGGCUUCUGAGGAAACGCAAGUAAAGGCGCUCACGUCGUUGAUGGACUUUAUGAGACGCACAUAUAUCGGAGCAAAGAAUGUACCCGGUGAAACGAAUCUCAUUAUUGAAUGUGAUGUAUCUGGAGCAAAGAGCAAGAUUCAGGCACCGGAAUUCCCGGAAGACCUUACUGGGCUGAACGACUAUAAUCUCCCAUCAUUGGGCUCUAAGGAUUCCCAAUUCUGGUAGCCUAAUUACCUCGCUCCUACCUCAUGGAAUAUUGAGCGUUGCCUUCAUUCUCGGCCGUUGUCGCGGCCAGACAAUACUCGAACCUUCCUUCUGUCCACACUAUCUCACAUCACGACACGACUUCCUCUAUGUCUGCUUGCUUCUUCGCUCCAAUCUGCCUUUCCAUAGAAGGCUGCCUUUUUUCCUUUCUGGGUGGAAGGGCUGAUACCUUUACGAUUGCUACGACGCUCAUGACACGACAAAGCAAACUCUUUGCAUCUCAAAAUAUGGAUGCUAGAAAGCACGAGAAUUUCUGGGUAGUAGCAUUAUUCCACAUGCUCUCAGUG